GCCGACACAGGCACCGUAGGCGAUAUGCGGGGGUUUGAAUCCAAUAGCGUUUUUGAGUUCACUCCUCAAAAUAUGGACCCGAUUCCGGACGACACCAUUGUGUUCUCAUCGGAUGACGCGGUCUGUGGGGUGGUGGAUGUAGGUACGGGUGCUAUCAAGUGUGAGAACUAA